AUGAUCGGUACGGACUCCUAUCACCUUAUAAUCGACUUUCUUCCACCAACAAAAACAACUUCUGAUUACAGAUUUUCAGAAUUGAGUAUAACCGAAAUUGACAUCAAAUCACCAACAGAUACAAAUAUGAUCCCAGCAGCUAUAGAACCAAUUAAAGCGAAGCUGAUUGGGAAGGGCGUCAUCAGACUUUAUAGGGAGUUUGAGGAAGACCCUUCGUCAAAUGAAGCUCAGAACAAGAAGAAAACCGCGACCAACCCUGGAGACAACACCAUGGUGGCUAUUUUAGCCAUACCUACGUAUUUUACCGCAACUGAUCUAUUGGGUUACAUAGGAGAAGUAUUUGUCUCUUCCAUUUCCCAUAUAAGGAUUUUAAAGAGUGACAAAGCUAAUAGGUUUAUGGUAUUGAUAAAGUUUCGCGAUAUUGUGAGAGCAGCAGAAUUCCAGUACCAAUUUGAUGGGAAAAGUUUCAACUCAAUGGAACCAGAAACGUCGCAUGUUAUAUUUGUCAGCUCUGUUCAAAUUCAGUAUCAGCAGCGGCUUGAGGGCAUGCAGUCUCUAAUUCCUUUCCUAUUGUCAGACCCAUUCACGUCAACAUCUGAUCCCAAGCAGACCAAUUCAGGUACUGACGAGAUUGCCAAUGAUGAUACACGGAUAGAGCUUCCGACAUGUCCCGUGUGUCUCGAGAAGAUGGAUUCUGCAAUUACUGGUCUACUCACUAUCCCCUGCCAACACACUUUCCAUUGCCAAUGUCUUUCCAGAUGGCGGGAUGAUUCAUGUCCAGUUUGCAGAUACUCGCAUAAUUUGACCAAGUUAGCAAGCUUAAACCAAGACAGGACGUCACAAAAUCUAAACAGAAGAGAAUCUACCCUGCAGGAUAAUACACCACUGCAGGCUCCUGCAUCCACAAGCGAAGAAAAUGAUGUUUGCAUGGAUUGUCAGGUGAGGUCGAAUUUAUGGAUCUGUUUGAUAUGUGGAAACGUAGGCUGCAGCAGGUAUGCACCCGAGCAACACUCACUAAAGCAUUUUGUUACCACAGGUCAUUGCUUUGCUAUGGAAAUAAAUACAAGUAGGGUGUGGGAUUAUGCAGGAGACAAUUAUGUUCAUCGAUUGGUUACUAAUGAAUCGGAUGGUAAAUUAGUGGAACUACCUGAUAAGAGUGAUACGAAGGAGUCAAAAAGCUUAGGUAAUGCGGUAGACAAGAUUGAUGCAGUUGGUUUUGAGUACUCUCAGCUACUAAUCAGCCAGCUCGCAAGUCAACGUGAGUACUAUCAAGACCUUCUAGACCAACAAGCAAUGCGAUUAGCAUCAACAUCAUUAUCGAAAUCUAGAAAGGGUUCUGUGAUCACUUCAAGUCUGUAUCUGGAUACCGUGAGAGAACUUGAGAUGAAAAUCGAAGAUUUAACCGACAAAGUGGCGGAUCUAACGACUUCGGUUGUGCCUUCAUUGAAGGAAAAGAUACAAAAGAAGGAGGAAAAGAUUCAUAACUUGAGUAAGCAAUUGUGUACAGCAAAUGCAUUGAAUGAGGCAUUUUCCAAUAAAAUUGAGCACGUCACGAAAGCAAACGAUGACCUCAAAGUCGCUAUUGAAGAUAUUAAAAGCCAGAACAAUGACCUAAAUGACCAAGUGAGGGAUUUAAUGUUCUUUCUCGAAAGUCGAGAGAAGUUCAAAGACGAGUCAGAAGACGUGAAGCAAGGUACUGUCGUUAUACCGCAGCAGUCGUCGGCGUCAUCAUCAUCAUCAACAUCAGCAAAGAAGAAAAAGAAAAAGGCAAAGAAAUAG